AAUAAUAAAAAAAAAAAAAAAAGGUUUGUACUAGGCCGGUAAAAGUUAGCAAAAGCCAAACUGCCUAAAGACGGGAAUUGAUGUAAUUAGUCGUAAAAGCAGUUGGCAACUUGGCACAGAGCGGUAAUCAAUUGAUUAAACAAAGCUCUCGCGCUUCGCUUCUAUAUUCCCGCUUGAAUUGAGGAAGAAAUAGAAGCCCUAGAAAUCUGACAAAAACCCUAAUUGUAAAUUGCAUCGCAAUGCCACCUUUACCUGCAAACGAUGAUCUCAUUGUCGUUGAAAUUCCUAGCGACGACGAAGAAAGCGUCCCACCUCAACCAACAAGUAGUAAUGGCAAGCAACCAAAUUCCAAGGUUUUGGAAGCUUCUACGAAACUUAACUCAGCAGAUCCCGACUUCACCAGGCAGAAACUUGAUUGUCGAAGUUUCUGGAAAGCCGGUGCCUACGAAAUCGGCCCCUCUUCAUUUGUUCCUGCUCAGGGUGAAUUGGAGCAUGCACGUGUUCAUCCAAAGUUUCUUCACUCCAAUGCUACUUCUCAUAAAUGGGCUUUUGGUGCUAUUGCUGAGCUCCUGGACAAUGCUGUUGACGAGAUACAAAAUGGUGCUACAUAUGUGAAAGUUGAUAAAGUUCUUAAUGUGAAGGACAACUCUCCUGCGUUACUUUUCCAAGAUGAUGGUGGUGGAAUGGAUCCAGAUGGAAUAAGAAAAUGUAUGAGCUUGGGUUACUCGUCAAAGAAAUCAAAUACUACAAUCGGGCAAUAUGGAAAUGGAUUUAAGACAAGUACGAUGCGUCUGGGUGCUGAUGUAAUUGUCUUAAGUCGUUCGACACGUUCAGGGCGUGCUACACAAAGUGUUGGUCUACUGUCUUACACUUUCUUACGGUUGACUGGACAAGAUGAUGUCAUUGUCCCAAUGGUUGAUUUUGACAUUUCUAACCAUUGGGCAGAGCCAAUAAUCUACAGCUCACAUAAUGAUUGGACAACAAACUUGAAAACUAUCCUUGAGUGGUCUCCCUUUGCUACAAAGGAGGAACUUAUGAUGCAGUUUGAGGAUAUUGGACCUCAUGGAUCAAAAGUUAUAGUAUACAAUCUUUGGCUGAAUGAUGAAGGCAUUUAUGAAUUGAAUUUUGACGAUGAUAAUGAGGACAUAAAGCUAAGGGAUGAAGCUAGUCGAGUGAGUGGGCUGAAAGUAAACAAACGAACACUUGAAUUGCAAUCACACAUCUCAUAUCGCCUCCGCUAUUCGUUGCGGGCCUAUUCUUCCGUUUUGUACAUAAGGAAGUUCAAGAACUUCAAGAUUGUGCUGAGGGGUAAACCUGUAGAGCAAUUCAAUAUUGCAGAUGAGCUCCAAUAUAAACAAGUGGUGACCUAUAAGCCACAGCUUGCUGCAACGUCUAAUGAGGUUUUAGUUAAAACCACCAUUGGAUUUAUAAAAGAAGCUCCAGAUCUUAAUGUUUCUGGGUUCAAUGUGUACCAUAAAAAUCGCCUCAUAAGGCCUUUCUGGAAGGUCUCUCGUGAUGGAAGUUCUGUGGGGAAUGGUGUUGUUGGUGUUCUUGAAGCGAAUUUCAUAGAACCAGCACAUGACAAGCAGGAUUUCGAGAGAUCAUCAUUGUUUAUUCGGCUGGAAACUAGGAUGAAGCAAAUGGUUUUUGAUUACUGGAAAAGCCAUUGUCAUUUUGUUGGAUUCCAGCGGCGUGAUCAGCCUCCUGCUAAAAUAAAAAAAUUAUCUCAUUCUGAUGACCAAACAAAUAAACUUCCAACAACUGGAACUGGAUUUCAAGAAGGAUUCACUUCAAGUCGACCCUUUGUUGGUCCUUCCCCUGGAUCUAGAAGAAGUUACCAAGAAAAUUCAUCUACUGAGCAGUCUGUUGUUGAGCUCUCUGCUGAUGAAGCAGUGGAUAAUUCUAUAGCCUCUUUAUCUAUUGAACAAAUUUGUGAAGAGAAUAUUCAAUUAUUUGCAAGGUGUGAAGAACAUGGGCAGAAAGAGCAUGAGCUAAAACAGACGGUCAACAAACUAGAGAAGGAGUUGGAGGAAACAAGGAAAAAAUGUGCACAGCUUGCAGCAUACCUGGAAAGUCGGAAGAAACAGCAUAGUCUGAUGCAGCAGGCAGGGCAUGUUUGAUAGGGAAAUUUAGAGUCGUCUAGCUGAUAUGAGGUAGCCGGAGAAGGUGAACUGAAGCAAGACUUUGUAAGCACUACAUGAUAUCUGUUCAUGACCUUGAAAUCUAUGGGAUGCACUGCGUGCUUCAGUUGUUAUGAUCUAGAGGCAUGGAUGUAAUCUAAGCAAGCUGUACCUGGAAAUUGAAGUUAUUCCUUCAGAACAACCCUAAUGUGAAUCUCACUUUGCUUUGUGGCAUCCAAGAUUUCUGUGGAAGGUAGUUAUGAUCUAGAGGCAUGGAUGUAAUCUAAGCAAGCUGUACCUGGAAAUUGAAGUUAUUCCUUCAGAACAACCCUAAUGUGAAUCUCACUUUGCUUUGUGGCAUCCAAGAUUUCUGUGGAAGGUAGUGGGUAGGUAUUGUGGAAAAAUGUCAAGCGCCAUCUCUUGUAAAUAUGACUACUGUGGGAUGUGGGAAAUAUAAGUUCUGAACUAUUGUAUAUGCCUUUGUAAGUGUUUAGUUCAUUUAAUAUAGUUGUAGAAAGGGGCAUUAAUUGAUAUCGAAGGUCUAAUGAAGCAAUAAAGCAGUUAAGCUUCAGGAUUUAUACUUCAGCAAAGUUUGAGAUCUAAUACGGAGUAUCACAAGCACUAAUAAUAAUAAUUUUUAUGACAUAAUUCUUGUUACUCAAAAGAGUUUUUUCUUUUUAUUUUAUUUUAUUUUAUUUAUUUUUUAUUUUUAUA